AUGGAGGACAUGCUUCUAGCAGAUGAGGUUUGACUGAUGGUGGUACAGUAGCUGUGGGGAACUGGGCUGUGGCUACCUGCCACGGAGUGGAGAGGCAGUGUGGAUGGAAGUCAAUAAUUCACUCUGGCUCUGAGAGGCUCAGCAAGAGGUUCAUCAAGAGGUUGGCUGGGUAGAAGGAAGCAAUCCCACUGGGCUUUUACUUCCGCUGUCAUAGGACACUGAUUUACUUUCUAGGCUGCAUCCCAAAUGGAACCCUAUUCCCAAUAGUGCACUACUUUUGACCAAGGCCCAUCCCCCCCCCCUUCUUCCUUCGUAUUUGUCUGUCCAUCUUCCUUUAUUCUUCUCAUCACUCUUGCUCUAUUUCGUCCUUUCUCCUCACCCUCCACCACUUCUCUCCCAUCUUUUCUGUCAUUCAUUCUCUUCCUUCUCUCUCCUCCUCUUCUUCUUUGCCCGUUGGGCCUCUCCGGUUCUCUUCUUCUUCCUCUGGUCGGCCCUGUGCUGACUGUUCCUCCAGUUUGUGGCGUUGUGCUGUAGGGUAGUGUAGUGUAGUAUAGUGUAGGCCUAGUGUAGUGUAGUGUAGUGUAGUGUGCUGUAGGGUAGUUUAGUGUAGUUUAGUGUAGUGUAGUGUAGUGUAGUGUACUGUACUGUACUGUACUGUACUGUACUGUGCUGUAGCCUAGUGUAGUGUAGUAUAGUGUGCUGUAGUGUAGUGUAGUGUUGCCUGGUCUGGAGAAGCAGCAGUAGCAGCAGUAGAACUGGGGAGGGGAUGAAAGUGCGCGCUAGAGCAGAACAAUGGUACCCUGGGUAAAAAUAGCUCUCUUCCAACUUGGCAGGGGGAGGGGGCCUGCCUGCUGCACUAUAUACAGUACAAAGAUAGGGGGAUUGAGUGGUCUAUAUGCGGAUGUAUAAUGCACUACAUACAGAAGAAAGGUGUGGUGGGGGGGGGGGGGGGGGUGCAUAGCCGUGGGAAGUAGGGGUGCUGAAAAAUCUGAAUUAAAAAUAUAUAUUAAUUCAAAAGUAGCGCACUGGGCCUUUACUAGUAUUAGUGGACUGAUAUAGAUGUCUGUAGCCCGGGCAACAUUUUGUUUUUAACAUCUCCGCUUUGGCAAAAAAGUAGUUGUAUAAUUAAGAACAGUAUCUUACAGGAUUCAAUAGUUGGAAUUGUAAGAGUUGGUGCCCUGUCCCUUUCUUUGCGAUUGUCAUUCUAAUAGAAUCCAGAAAGAACAAAACCCUGUCCUCAAACAUUUAGAUCAAAGGUGCAAAGUUAUGGGCAAAGAUACAAAACAUCCACAUAAAAUCAAAUAUUUUUCUUGAUCAAAUACCAAUGAAAACAACCACUUUUUGUGCAGUAUUAAUUUACCAUCCUUACAAACCACUUAAUGUAAAUGUACAUUACUGUAUUGUACAUAGGCUGGUCAGUUAGGUUUGUACCUGUAGACUUUCCAUCACCAUGAAGAAAAACAAUGCACAAUACAGUAACUGAGUACAUCAAGACAUCAAGUGGUUUGUAGUGAUGUGAUGAUGUGGCUCAGUUGGUAGAGCAUGGUGCUUGCAAUGCUAGGGUUGUGGAUUUGAUUCCCACGGGGAAAAAGUAUGAAAAUGUAUGCACUCGCUACUGUAAGUUGCUCUGGAUAAGAGUGUCUACUAAAAUGGAAAAGUAAAGAAUAGACCAUUUCAGUUUUCACAUAGAAUAAGUUGCAUUUGCAAAGUAUUUCAAGAAACUUGAACAUAUAAAGCAAGUAUGUUAUAUUCCACAAGUAUUAUCAGAUUAACUGUUUUGUACAUAUAAUUAUCAGACUAAAGCUACAAAUGCUGGUAAACACUCAAAAACAUUUCGUUUUUUUUUUUAUCACAAAAUAAAAAGUAGUGCACUGGGCCUUUACUAGUCCUGUAUUAGCGGACUGAUAUAGACGUCUUCAGCGUGGGCAAAAAAAAAUUCUGCACUUUAGUCAGAUCAAUAUAGCGGAGUGGACCACAGUAUUGCUCUCUGUCUUAAGAGCAAUCACUGUUAUGAGUCCACCAGCAAAUGAGAAAAGGGAUAUCAUUUGUGACUUUGCUAAUCACACUUAAGAGAAAGAAAAAACAAAACACCCACUGCUUGAAAUAAACUAUUAAAGAGCUUGACAGCUCUCGCAGGGAGGCUUUUAUGCUUCAUAGUUUUAAGAGGCUUACUUCUCCGAGUAUACUGUAGUAGUGGACCUGGGCCGUCACUCAGUCCCAUUGUUAUGGGAACAUCAUUGCUAUGUGUGCCGGCUCACCAGAUGUGUUGUAAAAGCGUGAUGUCUCUUGAUCUGGUAGCAGCCUGCCGAUAGACAGUACUACUUUCUCCUCUGAGACCCACAUACUUAAUCACAGGGAAGCCAUGCUGUCACUCAUCCUUAUCCAAAGAAUCACAGUGGAGAUGUACAUGAAAUGUGGGAGUGAUGUUCUACCCUUGACACAUUCUUCAGUACCUACUCUCUGUAGCCCCGUCACUUCCUAACUUUCUCUCUCUUGUUUUUCUGAUUUGUUUUGCAGAAGAAAGAAUGGCUCUGUCUGAACUGCCAGACCCAGCGACUGAUGUCUGGAGGGCUUGGAGAGCCCUCUCCUGUAUCUCAUCCGUCUCCAAAGCACCAACCAAUGGGUUCUCCACGCCACCAGGCACUGACCAGUCAGCAGCCUGCUCAGCAGCCACCCUUCCAAAAAUUGACCAGUCAGCAGCAGGAAGGGCCGAGACCGAUGCAGCCGCAGCAGCAGAAGCCCCAGACAGGCCUGGGGAGCGGACCUUUCGCCUCAACUGCAGCGAAGCAACCUGGGGACACGAAGGCCCCUGUCCAGGCAACACCUACACCUGCAAUCGAGCCCCUGAAACAACCAAAGGCCAAGGAAGAGACUAUGCCAAAACCAGAGGAGUUGGUGGAACCCACCAUAGACACCAAACCUACUCAGAAGAAGGGAGAGCCAAUCACACCAAUAAAAGAGAUAAAGAAGUCAAGAUAUGAUGUGAGUCACCUUUUAGAUGUCCCAGAAAUUCAUUUUGAUAAGGCUGUGUUGUUAUAUAUUAAAGCAAGAUGUUGAUUGUAGGACAUUCAGUGGAUUUGAAAUGGGAUAAUGUAUUGGUAGUUUAUAGCCACAGUAUAGCAAAUGAUUAGAAAAUGGGAUCCAAUACUUCCUCUGCACCUUGUUAUUGACGUCUAGAAAAUAAUGCUGAUGAAGCAGGCGCCAGCCAUAGCACUGACGGAUUUACUCCACACAGAGAAAAUGUAUUUUUUUUCUCUCACACCAUUUUAGCCAUCGCUCCUCUUGAAAUAUAAUGCGUUACGAUUGGUACAACCAUGAAUAUGCAAAGCCAUCAAGGCCUUGGUUAAUGGUAGUGAAUUAGUGCUGAUGUGAAUACCAAAGUGCUCCACUCUAAUGCCCACUGUUCUCUAAUGUUCACUGUGAGUAUGGGUGGAAUUCUAUGAGGAGCAGAACAUUAUGAAUAAAAUGGUUAGAAUAGCCAUUGCAUAAGGUAAUGUAGGGGAUUUUCAGGUCUUUUUCAGGUCUUUUUCCCAGUCUGAUGUAUUGUUUUUGGCAGAUUUCUUAUGUCUUACUUAUUUGUUAUUUUGUCUUUCUCUGUCUCUCCCCUUAGGAGACCAAGAACAGCACUCAGGACCUGUCGCGGAGUCCCCAGAGCCUGAGUGACACGGGCUACUCCUCCGACGGCAUCUCCAGCUCCCACAGCGAGAUCAUCGGCCUCAUCCAGGAGGAGGAGAUGAAGCUGAGCGAGAGGGGCAUCAGCGGGCGUGGCAGCCCCCCCAGCCCCUCCGAGAUCACCAAGCUGGAGAGCUCCAUGAGGCCCCUGCUCGAGUCCAAGGCCCUGCCGGUCGAGGAGAGGGAGCGCGAAAGGGGCAGAGGCAGGCACCACCGAGAGCAGAGACCCCGGUCGCUGUCCAUCACCCCGGAGGCCUAUGACUCUGACGAGGAGCUGGAGGACAUUGUGGAGGAGGAGGAGGACGGAGGGGACUGGGAGUCCAAACGGGAGCACAAGAGCAGUGCCGCUCCCAAGGAGGAGAAGAACGUGGCCGAGCCGGAGCCGAUGACAGAUGAGGAGUUCAUGAGGAGGCAGAUCAUAGAGAUGAGUGCUGACGAGGACAACGAGGAAGAGGAGGAAGACAUGGAGGAGGAGGACGAGGAGGACGAAGGCUACGGCUACCAAAAACAACAAAAAACACUCAAGCACAUCUCAGAGUUGACGAAAGAGAAGCGCCGCCUCUCUCACCAGUCCAGUAGCUUCGAGGAGGACACCAAAAGCUCCAGCGACAUCUACAAAUGUUCUGCGGAGGAAGGAGAGGAGGGGGGCCUGGGGGGCCUGCGCCGCUUCAAGACAAUCGAGCUCAACAACACAAACAGCUACAGCCGCGACAUGGAGCUCAACAACGAGAACGACCUCAGCCUGGAUCGAGAGCCCGAGCUGGAGAUGGAGAGCCUGACGGGGUCUCCCGAGGAGCGCUCCAGGGGCGAGUACUCCUCCACCCUGCCACCCACCACCUCCAGCUACAACUCUGGCACCUCCCCCACCUCCAUCUCCUCAAUGGAGGAAGACAGCGACAGCAGUCCCAGUCGCAGGCAGAGACUGGAGGACGCCAAGCAGCAGAGGAAGGCCCGCCACCGCUCCCACGGCCCCCUGCUGCCCACCAUUGAGGACUCCUCGGAGGAGGACGAGCUGAGGGAGGAGGAGGAGCUGCUGCGGGAGCAGGAGAAGAUGAGGGACCUGGAGCAACAGAGGAUCCGCAGCACGGCCAGGAAGACCAAAAGAGAUAAGGAGGAGCUGAGGGCCCAGAGACGCAGGGAGAGGUCCAAGACGCCCCCCAGCAACCUCUCCCCCAUCGAGGACGCCUCCCCUACUGAGGAGCUGCGACAAGCUGCGGAGAUGGAGGAGCUCCACCGAUCCUCUGCCUCGGAAUACUCCCCCCAGAGCCUUGACUCAGAGGCUGAGGGAUACGAGUCUAAACUCUACAAGUCUGGCAGCGAGUAUAACUUGCCCACGUUCAUGUCUCUGUACUCUCCUACUGAGAAGUCGUCGACGACCUCGACCACCACCGCGCCCUCCAGCAGCAAGCCCCUGAAGAGUGCUGAGGAGGUGUAUGAGGAAAUGAUGAGGAAAGCAGAGUUGCUGCAGAAACAACAGAAACAGCAACAGCAGCAACAAGGGAGACACAACAGUGCAUACGAGGACGACACGAAUGGCCAACAGAAUGAAGAUGUGUAUGAGUACGAGCAGGCCGAGACUAGUUACGAAAACGAGGCGGCAGAGACAGGAGACAUCUACGAAGAGAUCCGCCAGACAUCCCAGAACAUCACUAAGAUGCACCAGUCCUCGGCCCUGGAGUUACAGCAGCAGGCAGACGAGCAGGUGGAAAUAGACGACAGCACCUAUCCAGAUAAGCAGCUUUUAGAUACUGGGUCAGCCUUCGCUAAGCUGCUUGAGCAGACCAAUGACCUAUUGACUCCUGGCAACAGCCCCACUCAGCUCUCUGCACCUGUGUCCUUCUCUGAGACCGGAGGAAGGAUCCCUGAUGUACGGGUGACACAACACUACUCCAAAGAUGUCCAUAAAGCCGGGAUGAAGAGCCAGACGGGUAAAAAUGGCAUUACUCCAGUGGUGGCCGCCACCACAAUAGCAGCCUACGGGGUUUAUUCCCGGGAUGCGGUGACCAUCUCUCAGACAAGCGUUAGUCAAACGAUGACGACCACCCAAUCCAUUAUGUAUGGUCGGCAAACUGGAGGACCUGCCACUUCAACCACAACCGUCUCAAAUGUGUGCAGCAAGAUAGCGGAGAUAACACAGGCAUACAGCCAGAGAGAGAUGGUUGCGAGGAGGGUGGGCGAGAGCCGAGGGGUCCAAGCCAGAGACAGUGCGACAUCCUCAGAGCACGUCAUAGAGCCCCGCUCGCCAAAGAUGUACUCGUACUACAAGAGCUCCAGCCCCCCUCUGUCUCCCUCUGCCUCACCCACUGAGAGCCCAACUCUUUCCCCCUCCAGGAGGGCCGAGAUCUCCACCCAGACGUUCAGCCCAGGCAUAGGGGCUCUGUCAGCUGGCUCGGGGCCCACCUCCCCAGUGAUGGCCCAGGGGACACAGACAUCUCAAAGGGCCGUAUCCCCACGUCUAUUCAGACAGCAAUCCUCCCAGCACGCCCUCUACAUGGGCGCAGAGCCCACAAGCCCUGCCAAACCAAUGACGGUCAACAUGGCCACGUCACCUUUAUCCUCGCCCACCAGAUUCAUCCGACAGUCGACGUUUGACAGCUACUCUUCACAGGCCAGUCCGCCUGACACCCCUCCGUACCACCAGUCUCCUCAGCACAGCUUCUAUAGGACGCAGAAGGUGGAGAAGGUCAGUGUUGGCACCAGCAUGGUCACCACAGCUAGCACCUACAGCUGUGGUUCGAUGUCUAUGGACAACAUCUCUCUCUGCAGGAUCUCCAGCAUCCCGGGGACCUCGAGAGUGGAGCCGGGCCAGAUGAUCCAUGGUGGGAGUGUGGUGGAUCUGAGAACAGUAGAUCUGAGAACAGCCACUAACGCAGCUCCCAUUAUCAUGACUGCGCAUGGCAUGGAUCUUACCUCCCUGGCCACAGAAACACGCAAAUCCACCAGCGGGCCCGAGGGGAGCCACCCCUCCACUGUCAUCCAGCCCCUCAUCAUGAACCUGAACACCCAGCAUCACCCCCACGUAAUGGUAUCCACCGCAACCACGGUGAGCGUCACGGUGGCCGCCUCCAUGUUCAUAUCACAACCCCAACAGCCCAUGGUCUAUGGGGACCCUCUACAAAACAGAGUUGAUCUCGGCCAGGGCAUGGGCUCAGCCAUGUGCCUUUCACAGAACAAACCACCGCCUAUUGACCCGUCUAUCCCCAAGAUCGACGCUAAGCUGGAGGACCUGAGCAUCCAGCAGCAGCAGCUUUUCCAGCAGCAGCAGAAGCUUCAACAGCAGCAGCAUCUCUUGGAGCAACAGCUCCAGCAACACCACCAGAUGCAGCAGCAGUCCUCUGUAGCUCGGUACAACCUACCAGGCCAGAUGACUCUGCUCAAGAAAGACCUUCUGGUCAGCCAAACCAGCAAUGCCCCAGCCGUGGUCAGCGCUAUAUCCCCUGCCGUUGCCCCUGAUAUCUACGGCACUGGAGGUCCCCUGGAGCUGAAGAGCAAACCAACCCCGGCAGGUGUGAUGAACCUGGCUGGGGGUGGGCCUCAUGGCAUGAUGAUCCAAAUGGAGGGAGCCCCACAGGGAGGACCAGUGACCCAGCUGGUGAAGACAGAGGAGGGCCAGGAUGCCGUGGACUUCACAGGGGGGCAGAUCAAAGCUGAGAACCAACCAGCUUGCUGUGAUGUAGUGUACCGCCUCCCAUUCGGAGGUAGCUGCGUUGGCGGACCGUUCUCCCAAAAGCCAAAUGUUGAUGAGAAAGUGGCCACUCAAGAGCCAAGACCACACUCUGUGCCACCACUCUCUUACGAGUCAGACCAGGAGGGCCAGUAUCAGGAGUUUUCUAUGGACGGGCGUAAAGCCUACACACUACCGUUCCCUGGUCGGCUACAGCCCUCGAUGUCUGACACCAACCUAGCAGAAGCCGGACUCCAGUCCUACCACUCCAAGAUGGACCCACACAUCCAGACCUCUGCAGAGCUGGCCGUGGACCUCAGCACCAUGAAACACGCCUAUGAGGGAGGUUUCCUGGGACUGGGCAUGCAGUAUGGCUCCUACACUGACCUACGCCAUGGAGGUGACAUCACUGCUACUGCCCUGCCCAUACGCAGAUUCAACUCUCUGUCAAACAUCAGCUCAGACUACGGCUACUCGCCCCGAGACCUCGCUAACUUCCAGGAGUCCAACCUGGCCCAGUACAGUGCCACCACCGCCAGAGAGAUCAGCCGAAUGUGCGCUGCCCUCAACUCAAUGGACCGUUAUGGGAGCAACCCGGAGCUCAUGCAGUACGGUGUAGGCAGAGGAACUGGUCCAGGUGGCAGGCUGAACUCUAUGAGACAAAAUAUGCUCUACGGACCUGACGGGAAGCCAAUCUCUCACACCCAAGCGCUCACCAACAUGAUCAAUGCCAGGCAAGCCAGCCUCCGAGCCAUGUACCCGUCUGCCAUGAGGUCUGCCGAUGGGAUGACCUAUUCUACCAUCAACACACCCAUCGCCUCCACCUUGCCAAUCACUACCCAGCCUGCCUCAGUGCUGCGCCCGCUACUAAAUGGAGUGUACAGGCCUUUACCCACAGCCAAUAUGACACCUGUGCCUCUGGCCAGCCUCACCAGGAUGCCUGUGAACCCACGGAUGCCUAUGUCUGGACAGGCCCCAUACCGUUAUCCGGCUCCCAACGUCUUCCCAUCUACCACGUCGGCCCCUGUGAGCAUGCAUGCCACCAUCACCACCACCCAGGAUGCCCCAAUCUACCUAGGGAAGCCCUCUGUGACAUCAAGUGGAUCUGAUCCACCGUCUCAAUCUACCGUUGCCCAUACAUCAGCCUCGGUCAGCUUGCCAAUGGAGCCCGAGCAGCAUCCCAUGAACCUGACCCAGGCUCACCUCCACACUCAGGCCCCAGGGCAGCCCCAGGUCCAGCCUCAGAGCCAGCCCCCAGCCCAGCCCCAGCACAUGCAACCUCAAUUCCACCCUCAGGGCCAGCAUCCACCCCAGAGCCAGCCCCCUCCAGCCCACGCUUACCCCUCAACACAAAGCUACGCUGGGCCCCAGAGCAGCACCCAACCCCAUCACCCAACCCCACCCUCCAGCGGCCCUGUCAACCCAGAGACCGAGUCUGAGGAGGAGAGGAUGCACCGCCAACAGGAGCAGCUUCUGCAAAUGGAGCGGGAGCGCGUGGAGUUGGAGAAGCUGCGUCAGCUGCGUCUGCAGGAGGAGCUGGAGAGGGAGCGCAUGGAGCUGCAGCGGCACCGUGAGAAGGAGCAGAUGCUGGUGCACAGGGAGAUCCAGGAGCUGCAGACCAUCAAGGAGCAGGUCCUGCAGCAGCAGCAGGCUGAGAGGGAGAACCAGCUGGUGAUGCAGAAGGAGCAGUUGGCCCAGCAGAAAGCCCAGCUUGACCAGAUCCAGUCGCUGCAGCAGCAGCUCCAGCAGCAGCUUGAGGAGCAGAAGAGGCAGAAGACUGCUGCAGCUGUCGCUGCUGCAGCCACCGCAGCCGCUCAGUUGGACCAGAGCGGCCAGACGCUGCAGCCCUACGGAGACCAAGUGGGCUUCAGGUCCCUGCCCAACUCCUCCUCAGACAUGUGUCUAAGGAACAACGAGGAGCAGAUGGAGACCAGGACCAACAUGAGAAAGCAGAACUCCACCUCCAUGCCCCGACUGAGAGAUGGAAUGGAGGGCGAGAGUGUCGAGUUCUACGGAGCCCGGAGGAUCGUGGACAGCUGCGUCCAGACAGACGACGAGGAGGGCGAGGAGAGGUACAUCAUGUCCAGGCGCAGACGCAACAGGCGCAGCGUAGACCGCAGCGUCCAGACUGACGAUGAUGAGGAGAAAGUGGAGUGGGAGCAGCCUGUGAGGCGCAGACGCUCACGCUUCUCCAGGCACUCGGAUCCCGGGGCCGACCACAAGACUGACGCAGCCUCCAAGACAGCCGCCUCAUCCAGCAUCGCCAUCCAGACCAUCCGAGACUGCUCCUGCCAGACCGAAACAGACCAGCUGGGGAAGGUGUCCCCGGCCAUCCACGUCACCGUGCCAGACCCGAACAAAGUGGAAAUCGUCCACUAUAUCUCAGGCCCUGAAAGGACCCAGAAGGGUCAAAGCCUAGCCUGCCAAACAGACGUGGAGGUCCAGUCUCAGGGCGUGGUGGUGCCACAGCUCAGCGUGCCCACCACCGUCAGCCCCUACUCCACGGGCAUCCAGCUGGUGGGCUCCGCUGACCCGCGGCAGCAGCAGAACAGGAGGAGGUCUGACCCCAUGGAGAUCAGCUACCAGACCCAGACCCAGCCCAUGAACCACCUCCACAAUGAGUCCCUCUCCAGCCUGAUCCGUCAGCCCCCCAAGUCCCCCCAGGUGCUCUACUCCCCUGUGUCCCCCGUCUCCCCCCACCGCCUGCUGGAGACCUCCCUCUCCAGCGGCGGGCUGAACAAGGCCCAUGUCACUCCCCAGCAGAAGGCCUACACAGCCGAGUCACCCCAGCGCCACCCCAGCAUGCCCCGCCCUAUUAAGAACACGCAGAGGUCCAUGUCCGACCCCAAGUUGCUGAGCCCCACCACUGACGAGCACACUAAGGCCAGGCUAAACCUGUACCAGCAGCAAGCUCUUCAGAGCCAGGUAGGUCACAAGGUCAAUCCUUUGAUCCUCAACAGCUAUUUCUGUACACAUGCAGAGAUUGAAAGAGAGCAAACAGUCUUAUUUAAAUUGUAACAUCACAUAGACAGUUGUCUUUUUAAUGUUGAGUAUGAAUUCUACUGUAGUACAGUAUGUAACGAAUUGACAGACUAAUAUUAAAAUGUGGCCCCAUAAACAUACAGUGCAUUAACAUACAAUGCUAUACUAUACAUAAAACACAACACAAUUUACACACAUUUAACACUGACAGAUCUCUAGUUAAAAAAAACACCAUUGACGCAUGUCCUCCAACAUCUUACUAAUGCACAACUUCCUAAGUGAACACUGUCAAAGUAUCUCUACAUUAAAGUUGAUAUUUUUGCCAAGAAAUUGUUAACAUCAUUACAGGCAAAAGCUGACAAUGAUAUCUCCAUUCAUCCAAUACUAACUCCAACUGUUUGUUCUGUUCUUGCUUAAGUGGCAAAUUACAGAUUGACGUUUGUCCCCCCUAUAUACAGAUUACUAUGAAGGGAAGAAAAAGCUGAAAGAAUUCUGAAAUUUAAGUGAACCAUCCGUCGUAUUUGUGAAAAAUGCUUUCUUAGUUCUUUUCUUUUUCUUUAAUUUUUUUUAUUUUUGUUGUUGCACACAAUAACAUACAAAACAAUAUGAUUCGAAUUUAAAAGGCAAACGGAAGCGUGUGCAGGACAGGUAAAAAUAACUGAGAGGCUUGUAAGGCACCUCCCCCUUUCAAAUAUUUAUAAAACAAAACAAAAAAAGUAUCCUGAUUUUUAAGACCAAUUAAUAAAUAAUUGGAGAUUUACACAAAGAAAAAGGAAAACAUGAUGAUUUGGGGGUGGAUUAUGUAUUAUUAAAAUGCAUAAUCAAAGUAAGUGACAAAUAGGCAGGAAACUAUUGAGAUGAGUCAUUGAGUGGAAUGUCCAGUAGAUAUUUUUUAAUUUUGUAUUUGAAGGAGUUGUUGAAGGAGCUGUUGCAGUGUUUGAGGGGGUCAGGGAGACUUAACAAAACAUUAUUGACCUCAGUAUGUGAUGGAGAAUUGACCUAAUCUUGUACAGAAAAAAGGUGUGUGGAAUUCAGUGGCAGUUCUUGUAGAGUAAUGAUGAACCUGAGUAUUACAUUUGAAUAGCAUUUGAAAAUAAACUAAUUUUGAGUUGGAAGACAAACAGAUAGACUUGAAGUUGGUUGAUUUCAUAAAUAUUGAGGAUUUGAAGGCGAUGAAAGAGUGGAGAGGAACUGACACGACUGUCAGAACUGGCACGACUGAAUAUAGCUUGUCUCUAUAAGACCUUCAAUUGUAUUGGGAAAUAAUUGGGCUUAUUUGAUACCCUACUAGAAUUUCUGGAGAGAGGUUUAUGGUUGUAAAACAUUUACUGAGAUUAUGUAGAACUGCUGUUGUGGGAGCAUCUUCAUGAGAUUGUCAUAAUUGAACAGUAAUGUUGCUGACAGAUACUGGGGCUAUCUUCCCCAACCUUUCUUGAGACUGUGGCUGUGAUUAAUUUAACCCCCAAUGGAAAUCCAAGUUUAAUUACCACAAUGAAACUAUGAAUUAAUUAACUAUUACACACUCACAUAGUGCUGCCUACACAGUUGUGGCAUGGCUGAGGAUGUAACAUACUAGAGAAAUGUUAGUGGACAUGUUAGAUUAUAGACAUUUGUAUUGCUUUGCACUGCUAUGUAACUGAAGCAAUACCAUUUAAGGUAGCAAACAUAUUGAUAUUUACCAAGCUUCAGUUUACAGCAAUUUGUUUAUUGCUUUUCUCUUUUGUACAGGCACAUUGAGUAAUGAAUAAUCACACCAUAAGAAUGUAACUUGUAUUUGUAUUGUCCUUGAUUGAAUCAAUACAUAUCUAUGUCACAUGUGCCAUGCUCUGUUGUGCCAAGCUCUAACCCUAACCUCAUGCUCUCACGGCCCUGUACCGUCUCACUGCAGCUCGCCGCCCUGCAGCAGAGCGCCCUGAGGAAGGUGAAGAGGACCCUGCCCAGCCCGCCUCCAGAGGAGAGCCACCUCCCCAUUAUCACCCCGGCCCUCCCCCAAAUGUACAUGCCCGCUGUGCCCUCCCUGAGGGCCGGGUCCAGGCCAGGUCUGGCAGCCAAAGCCAGCCUGCUGAAGGACCUCACCCACGAACUGAAGGCCGUGGAGCAGGAGUCCACCAAGCUCCGCAAGCAGCAGCAGGAGCUGGAGGAGGAGGAGAAGGAGAUUGAUGCCAAGCUGCGCUACCUGGAACUGGGCAUUCAUCAGCGCAAAGAGACCCUGGUGAAGGAGAGGGAGAGGAGGGAUAUGGCCUACCUGCGCUGCAUGGGCGACCCGCGAGACUACAUGUCAGACAGUGAACUGAAUAACCUACGGCUGGCGGCAGCGGUAGCUUCCUACGAGAGCAACGGGGUGUUGACCAGACCCAGCACAGCACCACUGAGCCAGUUCACCAGCGACCUCAACACAGCCGCCCAGUUCCCUCCCACCUCCUCCUUCGUCUCCUACCAGUCCUACCACCCCCAGAGCCAGCCAGCUCCAGCACCCCAGCCUGGCACCCCUUACCAGACCGCAGCCUUCAACCAGCCCCCCUACCCUUCAGUGGCCCAGGCAGCAGCUCUUCCCCAGCCCACCCCCCUGCAGACCCAACAUCUUCCCCCAUCCUACCAGACCCAGGGGUCCUUCCCCUCCCACACAUACCCCCAGAGCCAGCCCCCCUACCCGACAGAGCAGGGGGUGCAGCCACUGCUCCAGCAACAGCAACAGCCAAGCCACCAGGGGUUCCAGCCUGCCCAGCCUGCCCAGCCUGCCCAGCCUGCCCAGCCUGGCCAACCUCCCUACCCCACCCACACCUCUCCAUACCCCAGCCAGGUGUCCUACCCAGCUGGCCCUAGCCAGACCACUCCCUACCAGCCCCAGGCAGACAUCCUCACUGUUCACCAGAGACCCAGACAGACCUCUCUGGCUGACCUGGAGCACAAUAUGCCCACUAACUAUGAGGUUAUAAGCAACCCCACUGUAGUGGUGACCACCACGGCCCAAGAUGCCAUCUACUCCUCCUCCAGUGGGGCGCCCCUGUAUGGACAGUAUACUGGUGGUACCACUAUGGCCAACACUUAUGGGCCGUACUCUUCUACAGUCUCCAGUACAUAUGGCCAGUACACGACGACAGUUGCCAACACAUACGGGCAGCAGUACACUUCCACCCCGGCCAGUACGUACGGCCAGUAUACCACUACCACAGCUAACACCUACGGCUACACCACCACUACAGCCAGCUCCUACGGCCAGUACACCGCUACAGUGGCCAACAGCUACGGCCACGGCACUCCAUCUGACCGUCUGCACUCGGUUGACAGCCUGUCCACCUAUGCACAGGACGGUCUCUACGGCCCCGCCAGCCUGGAGCAGAACAUUCCAAGGAACUACGUCAUGUGCGACGACAUCAGUGAGCUGACCAAGGACGGCCUGGGUGGCAUGGCGGCGGACAUGCACCGAAGCGACGGUCACGGUGGACGCUACAUGGGGGAGAGCGGCCCGGCGAGAGGAGGGAGUUCCUACGGCAGGCCGGAGGACGAGCUGACCAGGGAGGAAGAUUUGUACGACCACCAUGGCAGGGGUAAGAGCAGCUACCACCCACGAGGGUCAGACACAUACGGCCGAGUAGUGGGCAGCAGCAGCACUAGCAUGGGUGGGGGAUCCUCCUAUUACUAUGAUGACUACACCAAACACGGCACACAGCGCACCGGAGUCCAGAAGCACGCCUCCAAGAGCCUGGCUCCGGCCGUCAUGUCCACCAAGCGCAGCAAGCACCGCAAGCAAGGCAUGGAGCAGAAGAUCUCCAAGUUCUCUCCCAUCGAGGAGGCACGCGACGUGGAGGCUGACCUGGCCUCCUACACCAUGAGCAUGUCGGGCGGUGGCAGCUGCACCGUUGUGUCGCGGGCCAGGAAGCUGCAGGACGACAUGGCCUACGGCCUGAGGAAGAGCUCCUAUGAACAGAAGAGAUACUCCUAUCCCGAAGAGGACGAGCGCAUGUACUACACCUCGGGCCGUUCACGCUCCACAGGCUAUGGCAUGGACAAGAUCUCAUCCCGGGACUAUGCCGGCUACCGCAGCCGCUCCUACGAGAGAGAUGGGGACAGGGAUCGCUCGUCGUACAGGGCGGGAUAUAGCCGGGGCAGACCCCCCAUGCGCUCCCAGUAUUCGGAGGAGGAGAGCCCGCUCAGUUCCAUGGGUGUUCAUGUGAGGGCCUCCUCCCUGGGCCCAGAGCUGUACGACAGCCGUAGUAGUCAGUAUUAUGGCCAGUACGGCUCCAGCCACUCCCUGCCUGACGUGCAGGACCACAUGAGAGACUUGCCCCGGACACACGUCUACAAACCAGACGAUUCUUACAUUAUAGACGAUAUGCAUUGCGCUGUUUCGGACAGCGAAGGUAAAUGGGUGCUGAAUGCCAGUCUAUGCCCACGUAUAAACGUCCCCCACCCACCCACAGAUAAGGCUAGAUGAGCGAAAGAGAGAGAGAGUCAUUGCAUGCUUUACUGGUGUUGCGUCUUGAGGGCUAUACUGGCAGAUCUCGUCCCGACUGACUGACUGCUGUCUGUGCUGUGCACCUGUGCCAAAUCUGCAUGAUCCGCAUGUCCAGUUUCUUCACUUUGUUCGUCACUUUCUCUCGCAUGUUCUUCUGAGGUGCAUCAUUUCUUUUACACAAUGUUGUUGUUGUCUUGUAAAAGUUCGGUUUUGUUUACUUGUUGUGAUUAACUUAUUUUUAGAUUGUUUAUCAGUCUUUUACAUUUGUUGUCUUUUUUUAUGUGUGCCGUGUUUUCAUAUUAUGCAUGGGUGUAAAUAUCAACUUCUCUUUUAUUUAUUUUCUCUCCUUCCCGUUCUUCUUUUGCAUGGCCUCAGUCUGCAUGCCUCUGUCGCCGUCGGACUUGGAGAUUGACUGUGAUCUGCUCUUGGUUUCCAAAGCCUACAAUCUUGGCCAAGAGGAGACAGACUGGUUUGAGAAGCCCAGGGACCUGCGCUCCGGCUCCCGCCACUACGGCAGUGGUGGCCACUCCUCGUCCGGCCGCAGCCGCCACAUCAAGCACAGCUACCACGACUACGAUGAGCCCCCAGAGGAGGACCUGUGGCCCCAGGACGAGUAUGGCCAAACCCGUCACUCUUCCUCCUCACGGGACCACCGCCCCCAUGGCAGCGGCAGCUCCGGGAGACACUCCUCGUCCCGCCACUUGGACGAGCCCCGCUCCUCUCGGUCCUCCAAGGGCCAUCCCAAAGACCCGUCCAUGCGCCACGACUCCCGCCAGUUGUCCUCGUCAGGAAAGAGGGGCGACUCCCGCUCCCAGGGGGGGUACCACUCGUCGGACUACUCCAGGGACCCGUCGGGCCUCCACCACAGCCAGGGCCGCUCCUCCAAGUCCUCAUCCUCCCACGAUGGGCGGACUUCCUCCAGGAAGCAGCAGGACCUCCAGGGCCACCCUUCCUCUUCCUCCAGGGGCCAGGGCAGCUCUGGACGUGGACAGGGCUCCACCAGUGGGCCUCCGGGCUCCAGGGGACAGGGUCCUACCUCCCAGCAGGACGGGCUGCAGCCAGGCCAGCGCACCCAGCUGCAGCAGCAGCCCCAGACCUCGGCGGCACGGCAGACAGGCACCACCCCUGCAGGCACAACUCCUGGGGGCCAGCAGCCUCUGGGCCCGGGCCAAGCCCAGCAGGGUCUACAGGCCAAGCCUGGUCAGCUUGGUCCUGGUCAGGCCAGUCGCCUGCCACAGGCAGGAGGCGCAAUGGGGCAACUGCCACCAACUGCGGUGAGUACAGGAUUAUGACUUAGUACAGUACAAGUGUGGUUACAAUCAGUGACACUAGAUUGGAAAUGUAUGAAUUAUAAUGAGAAUCACUGUAAAUGUAUGUAGAUUAUUAUUUCACACGUUGAGACAGCAUUAGAGGUCUUUGGUGACCUCUCCCUCUCCUCUCAUCUCUUUCUUGCCUCCCCCCAUCUCUAUCUCUAUCUCUCUCUCUCUCCAUCUCCCUCUCCACCCCCUCUCUCCCUCUGUCUCUCUGAUAAGGCCUAGCGUAUCAUUCUGAGAGGAGGUUUUAUUUCAGUGUGUGAAACCCUGUUGGCAGACCUUAUCUAGUCUUGUGAUUAGCACUGUGGCUGUAGAUAGUGGCAGUGUAACAGCCUCUGUCUAUUCCACUCAAAUGGAGGAGAGAGAUUCAUCCCCCAAAAUGUAUUCCGCUGCAAAUCCUUCUCCAUCCUUCCGUUCCCUGUUUGUUUUGUUAUGUCUCUGAAUACAGCACCUUGUUUAUAAUAUACACAACUAUACAAUGUGCAAAGUCUUUCGGCUAUGUGUUGUGUUUUACAUAUAAUGCUGUACUGUAGCCCAUAGAAAUCCUGUAUUAUAGGAAUUGUAGGAUCUCUAUGCUGUAGCCUAUAUUGACGACAUACGUGGUUUAAAAGGAAAUUGAGGAGCAUUGCAUCCGUUCGCAGGGUAGAGUGAAUGCAAAACAGAUCAUGUGUGAUUAUUUGUCAAGCGUCCACAAUGCUAAGCUAAUUAGCUAUGUUAUAUUUGAUCCAAUAACCCCUUACAGAGAUCAUAUUCCCAGUUUGUAAAUCAAGAUGCACAUUUAGAUGCACAGCUGGUUGGUUUGCAGGGAGGAAGCGUGCCAAUUGUUUCUGCCCAAUGAUCUCUGGCUUAUUGCUAAUACUCAUCAUUCUGCAUAUGUCUGUCAAAUGACGUUUUGGCAUGGGAUAUUACAGCAGGGGUCGCCAUGAUAUAAGGCUAAUCUUUGAGUGCAUCAGAACAGAAUUAAUGGUAUACAGUCAGUUUGCCACCUUUAACCGUCCGUGUUCCUCAUCUCUCUGUCUCUCUCUCUCUCUUCCAACAGGCACCUGUCGCAAACACACCCCCUGUGACUGCCAUAGGGGCCAAAGCUGUCAUAGGAGGGGCGGCCCAGCCUGCAAAAACACCUCAACCCCCACUCACAGGAAUAGGUAAGUAUUCCUGUCUGCACCCACACUGCUGCUGCUCCACCCACUGAACAUUUCACUGAGAGUGAUUAGUACACUUGUACUCUCCUAGGCAUUAGACCAUGUGUCAAACUCAGUCCAAGGAGGGCCGAGUGUCUGCAGGUUUUCGCUCCUCCCUUGUACUUGAUUGAUGAAUUAAGGUCAAUGAUUAGUAAGGAACUCGCCUCACCUGGUUGUCUAGGUCUUAAUUGAAAGGAAAAACCAAAACCCGCAGACACUCGGCCCUCCUUGGAAUGGGUUUGACACCCCUGCAUUAGACAGACAGACGCACAUACGUAAUCAGGUAUCACGGGUGUCCUGUUUAAUCCCAGGGAUUAAUCCUGAGAAUGCCUUGGGAAGCUGAUGGAUAAUCUUAACUCAGGAAACAGAGAGGAUAGGUUCAUUUCCAUGUCAUGGCUCAAUUGGGUUGGUGUUCACAUGCUCCAGUAGUCUAUACGGUCCCAUCACCUUCACCUCACUGACAGCUGCAGAGACAGUUGUGUUGUGGAAACAGACACCAGGGUCAGAGUCAGUGUGUAAACCUGUGUGGCCUUUUAAGCGCCAUGGGGUAUCAGAUUGAGGUGUAAAUCUGAUGCAGUCAUCUCCUGAUAAAUGCAAUGGCUUCAGACUGUUGUGAUAGUGUGCACUAAAACGGAGUAUGGCAUCAACUGAAUUAUAAAGAAUGUCUUUCUAAUCAUCAUCUCUCUUCCUCCCCUCUCCCUCCAUCCUGCAGGCUCCAAGGCUGCCCCUAGACCCGGUGGCAUCGGGAGUGCAGCAGCAGGGCAACCUGGGAUGGAGGGGGAGAGUCUCCUCUCCAAGGUCCUGCCAGGAAACCCUGCGGAGGCGGCAGGAAAACUAGGAGAAGGUGUCUUGCUGGAGUUCAGACUCCAUGUUUUUACUCAGACUCUAAUGCAUUCUACUUGCUACAAUAUGCUUAAUCACUCUCCUGUCUGUCUUUCUCUCUCUCUUUGUUUAUCCAUCAGCUAUCUCCGGUUUUGGCAAGAAGUUCACCUCGUUGUGGUGAGGUGUUGAGAUGAGGGUAAGUGUUCACCUGGCACUACCAAGUAGAAAGCCUUAACACAGUCUGUGAGAUGACAGUGUGCUCGGCUAUAUACAGAACCCCUUUACCUCAUGAUAUUCCUUUCCCCACUGAGUGUGGGUGGUUCUGUUUAUUCCCCAAACAACUUUGUGCCAUUUUUGGAGGUCUUAAGUGCACUUUGUGCAGGUUUGAGUGUCUCUCCUUAGUACUGAACUAGGAUUUUAGAACAGUAUGACAGCUCACCUCAGUAAGUAACAAGUAAGUGACUCACCGUCAUGUGAUUUCAGGUGUCUGUAAAUGUUAUGGAGGAUGUCGUGAGGCUUCGUACCAGAAAAACCUAGGAAGACCCCCGCUUUGUGAGCGAGAGAGAGGAAGGGAGAAAUACAGCAACCAAGAGAAGAUAUCUGAGCGCACUGGUGAGUUCAAAAUCUCUAUUUCCUGUUGAAAGCUCCCUCAUUUUCAGAAAACUACAUAGAAACCUACUUUGUAAAGUGGCUUUAUUGUAGUGUAAUACUUAAAAACAUAAAUGAACUUGUAAACACAUACAGUGUAUAUUUCAAGUUGCAGCAUUUUAAAAUACAAUUGGAAAAGAUGAGCAAACCUGACAUGAUCAUGAUCGAUCAGCUCAAGAUUGAUUGAUUCUGGUUUUUCCCACUCUCAUUCAGCCAAUGAGGACAUGAAUCAAUGGAUGCUGCAUGUCCCAGGCCUACGCACACGAUGGCAGAGAAACAAUGCUGAUUUCUCUGGCCGGCCAGACAGUAAGUAAUGCACACAGACACAUCAGAGACAACUUAGAUUAGAUAAAGAAGGACGGUGUAUACCUUAGUAAUACACUAAUGACACAAUAAUCAUAACAAAACAAUGAUCAUUAUUUACUAUUAUAGUCAAUUAUGAAGUGAUGGUAUGGUAAAGGUUUAGUUCACAGCAAAGUUAGAUAUUAGAUAAAUCUCCAUAUCUUAAUAUGUUGCAGUUAAGUCACUCCUGCUAUUUUUUGCAUAUAGUAGGCCUAUCCUGUUUACAGCAAAACAAUACUGCGCCUUGUGUUAACCCUGCCAUGAACACUGACCCUUGACCCCUUGACUCUCUGUCAGCCUCUGCAUGAGUAACAGCCAUAUUACUGUGACAUCAAUACAGGCAGUGAAACUUCCAGCUCCAGGUCACGUUUCAAUGGGAAACCAGGGCUAGAGAAGAGUCUGAGAAGGGCUCAAUGUCCAACAUAUGUAAUACAACCCUCAUGAAGAGUGUUGAUCUUACCUCAGAGGGUUAAUAUAAGGCACAUUAAUAUACUCUAUUUAUUAGAGAUAGCAUGUAAUCUAGGGCAAAUUCUACCUACACUUGUCUAUGGAAUUGUAUCAUUAUUUUUGGCAGUGUUAGCACCAUUUGUUAUCUUGUAAGUCUUUUACCAGUUUAUAGAGAGCAUAGAAAACAACAGAUUUGAUGCUAGUAUCUGUUUGCGCUGGUGUCUGUUUUUAACUGAACAACAGACUUCUCUUGUGGCUCAACUGCAGUCAUUUUAUAUCAGAAAGCCUUAGGAGACACAUAGUUCAACAAAAUGCUCUACCCUCAAACAUUUAUAGUUAGGGUAUUGCUACCUUCUGGCUAGGCCCCGGUUUUUAAUAAUGCAUCAGUGAGGUCGAUAAAGGGAGUUAUCCGGUUAUGAACUGGACUGAUCAUAUUCACAGAGAACAGAGAGCACGCUCUCUGAUUAUAUACAGGCUCUUUGGCCGGUAACAGUAUCCGUGGAUGGAUAUGAGGUUCAGUGACAUGGUAAUGUUUGUCAUAAGACUGUGUAUCCAUCAACCUCCCCUGGGACCCCUUCUUCCCCCCUCCCCAGCCAACAUACAGUAUAGACUGUAGACCUCUCAACUCCUCACUGUUCAUCCACUAAAUGUGCAGUUGGCUAUAGUUGACCUGUUUGGUAAAGUAACCAUGUCAAGUACACCACUAGGCCUAGCAGCAGUUCUAACUGGAGUUCAACCAGGGACUAUUCUCCACCAUAUAAUAUACUCCCUUCUCUUCUCUCUACCUCCUCUUCCUCCUCUCUCUACCUCCUCCUCCUCUCUCUACCUCCUCCUCCUCCUCUCUCUACCUCCUCCUCCUCUCUCUACCUCCUCCUCCUCCCUCACUCCUCCUCUCUACCUACCUCCUCCUCCUCUCUCUACUCCUACCUCCUCUCCUCUUCUGUCUACCUCCUCCUCCUCCUCUCCUCCCCCCCUACCUCCUCCUCUCUCUACCUCCUCCUCCUCCUCUCUCUACCUCCUCCUCCUCUCUCUACCUCCUCCUCCUCCUCCUCCUCUCUACCUCUAACCCUCCCUCCUCCUCUCUCUACCCUCCUCCCCUCCUCCUCCUCCCUCUCGACCUCCUACCUCCUCUCUCUACCUCCUCCUCCUCCUGCUCUCUCUCCUCCUCCUCCUCCUCUCUACCUCCUCCUCCUCUCUCUCUCUCUACCUCCUCCUCCUCCUCUUCUGUCUACCUCCUCCUCCUCUCUCUACCUCCUCCUCCUCUCUCUACCUCCUCCUCCUCCUCCUCUCUCUACCUCCUCCUCCUCCUCUCUCUACCUCUCCUCCUCCUCUCUCUACCUCUCUCCUUCUCCUCCUCUCCUCCUCCUCCUAACCUCCUCUCUCCUCUCUCCUACCCUCCUCCCUCCUCUCUCUCUACCCCUCCCCUCCUCUCCUACCUCCUCCUCCUACCUCUCUCCUACUCCUCCUCCUCUCUCUACCUCCUCCUCCUCCUCUCUACCCUACCUCCUCCUCUCCUCUCUCCUCUCUACUCCUCCUCCUCUCCUCUAACCUCCUCCUCUCCUCUCCUCCUCCUCUCUACCUCCUCCUCUCUCUCUAACCUCCUCCUCUACUCCUCUACCUCAACCCCCUCAAGCUCCUCCGCUAUUCUGUGCUCACUCGAAUGCCACCGGCACUUUCCUCUCCGUAGCGCGUGAAACCAAAACAGACCGUGACUAAUGGAGGAGCAGACAGAGCGACGACUCUGUUGACUCUGUCUGAUCAAACUCUAUCUCGUAACGGCUCUCUCCUAUUUUCUACUCUGCUCUCUGUCUGACUCUCUCUCUCUCCUACCCUCCUCCUCCUCUUCUGUCUACCUCCUCCUCUUCUCUCUAACUCCUCCUCUUCUCUCUACCUCCUCCUCCUCUCUCUACAUCCUUCUCCUCCCCUAUAAUAGACUUCACAUCACGCAGUAGUAAUGCAUGAUUGCUUUGCGACAUCGAAAAUGCCAACCGGCACUAUUAUAUACCUCUCCAGAGUAAUUGCGGUGAAACCAAAACAGACCGUGACAUAAUGGAGGAGCAGACAGAGCGACGGCAACAUUUGUUGAUCUUUGUGACAGUGAUCAGAGACUUUAUGGUCGUUUAGAAGAGGGCGUUCCUGAUUGGUUUUAAUUGUGUUGUGAAGUUGUUCAUUUUGAAGAUCUGAUCGGUGGUAAUCAGACCCUGUAUCUGUGCCAAGUUUACAUGAUCAGCUCUCCUAGAGAAUAGUUGAGUCCUGAUAAAUGCAACUGCUUGGGACCGUUGUGACAGGGUGCACUAAACCAGAGCAUGCACUUUUAAGGGGUGAUUAAAACAAAACAUGUUGAAUUGGGACUAGAAAACUUUAUUGCACUUAGACAUAGUUUGCACUCAUCCAAAGAACAGUUAUCAGGAGUGGACUGUAGAGCAGAUAAGGCAGAGCAGAGCAGCACUUGUACCUUGGUGACGUCUGAGCCCUGCUCUCCCAUGGUACCUAUUGAGGUCCAACACACACACUGGUACGUACAGGAACACACACACUGGUACGUACAGGAACAAACACAUUGGUACGUACAGGAACACACACACACUGGUACGUACAGGAACACACACACACACUGGUACGUACAGGAACACACACACUGGUACGUACAGGAACACACACAUUGGUACGUACAGGAACACACACACACUGGUACGUACAGGAACACACACACACACUGGUACGUACAGGAACACACACACUGGUACGUACAGGAACACACACAUUGGUACGUACAGGAACACACACACACUGGUACGUACAGGAACACACACACUGGUACGUACAGAAACACACACACUGGUACGUACAGGAACACACACACUGGUACGUACAGGAACACACACACUGGUACGUACAGGAACACACACACACUGGUACGUACAGAAACACACACAUUGGUACGUACAGGAACACACACACACUGGUACGUACAGGAACACACACAUUGGUACGUACAGGAACACACACACUGGUACGUACAGGAACACACACAUUGGUACGUACAGGAACACACACACACUGGUACGUACAGGAACACACACACUGGUAGGUACAGGAACACACACACACUGGUAGGUACAGGAACACACACACACUGGUACGUACAGGAACACACACACUGGUACGUACAGGAACACACAUAAAUAUUUAUGAAUUGACCACUACGCUCACAGAGGCUUCCUUCUACCACAGUGGAGAGAGAGAGAGAGAGAGAGAGAGAGAGAGAGAGAGAGAGAGAGAGAGAAAGGAUGAUGUACAGAAGGUAUCAUGUUGUUAUCUUAGUAAAGAUGUUCCUGAAGCUAACAUAAUGUCUCCCUACUAACACAGUUAAGCGUGGUUGAUUUUCUACUAGAAAUGAUUUGAGAUGAGUGUGUAACUGAUCCGUUAUACAUCGAUAACAUACUGUAUAUCCAUCAGGUUCAGUUGUCAGCAAUGGCAGUGUGCUGCCUGAGACAGACCCAUGCUGUAUCUGUAGUGCAAGGUGGUGCAGCCAACCAUGUCAUGAUGAAUAACCGCCUCAUGUGACCACAGCCCCAGUCUGUCUGUUUCUCUCAGCAUAGACAUUGGUGCUGCUAACUGAAUGAAUGUACCGUAGACCAUCUUGAGUGUUUAUGCCAGAUUCAGUGAGAGAGACGACAGGCUUCCAUGCUCUUAUAAUCACAAUAUUCAAUGAUUAUUACUGUUACUAUUUUGUUAAAUACGUUUUACUGAGGAUAAACUGAGUGUAAUGUCAUGGAGAUGCAGUAUAAUUACGUAACCUGCACAGACCUCAUUACAGUGUACAGUUCAGUCCUGCUUUUCUUCUGCUCUUCUGCCAUCUAGUGUUGAAUCAUAGAAUUUCACUCUGUUCUAAUCUUAUGUUCACAUGUGCAUGUAAUUGAAGGGUUGAUUUAGACAUCUCAUCGCCACAGAAUGACUUCAGUGAUGUCACAUGUUCCUCUGUCAUUCAUUGGAGAUCCAUUUUAUUUAUUUACUCUGUCAUUUAGCCUGUAGUGAGCUACUCAUAGGAUACCAGUCACAUUACUUUGUUUUACUUCUGCAGAAUGGUUUGAGGCCCCCAGACUGCAAUGCCCCCAGCCAAAGAACCAGGACACUGACACCCGAGCCCCCCAGAACACCUAA